GCUGUUCGAAAGUCGUGACCACAAGCAUGGCGAAUGUUACGCUCGUGAACUUGGCUUUGGAAAAUAAGAUUAUGGAGAGAAAUCAAGUCCAAGAACACCGUCUAUUGGUUGAUGGACUUCAGAUGGCUGAGGAUGAUCUGUAUUUCUCAGAUGAGGAAGAAGAGGAUAUUUACAUGGAGAAGACUCCCCGCAACAACCACACCACUGUGUUCCCCCUCACUCUACAGUGGGUGUGCAGGUUUCGGGCCAGUGUGGACGAUGACUGCGGCCCUGACUUGAUCUUGAGAAAGUUCUUGACAAGUCUCUCUGACUGUGAGAACAGGGUAAACCCCUAUGACACAUUUGCAGCCUGUGACACAACUGGGCUUAAUGAGCAUCAGCUGCUCAAUGACCUUAACAAUGACAGUUGGGUCUGCUUGUCAAGAAGCAAGGUGGGGACAAUAUACGAGUCUGAUGGUGAGGAGUGGACUGAUGAGGAGACUGGACAGACCGAGAGCGAGACACCCCACAACAAGCUUGUGACUUGUGACGUGGCCAUGGCUGAGGAAAUUCAUCAACUUCAUGCCCUUGACACUGGAGUAUACUUACCAAGGAUUGAGGUGGGUACAAUAUACGAGUCUGACAGUGAGGAGUGGACAACAGAUGAGGAGACUGAUGUUCACAGCAUCGAGGAAAGACUGGCUGUAUGCACGUCCAGUGUACCACUGCCACAGGUCCAGUCACACUGCGCUGCAGAGGAGGGCUUUCAGAUCAUGGAUCCUACUGAGAUUGAUCAGCAGUCAGAUUUUGCUAGGGAGGGAAUGAUCCAGAUCCUGGAUCCUUUUGAGAUUGAUCAGCAGUCAGAUUUUGCAACAGAGAUGGUCCAGCUCCUGGAUCCUAUGGAGUCAUACUGUAAUACAGAGGUGAUACAGCUCCUGGAUCCUAUGGAGUCCGAUCCAGAUCAACAUUCGUACUGUGGUACAGAAGAAGAUCUAGAGUUCCACCUGCUGGAUCCUGUGGAGGUUCCAGUGCUGUAUGUGUGGGGAGAAGGCAUCUUUGUGCCCAAAGCUGUGACAACGAAGAGAUUGUCCCGAUAUGAGCUACAUUACGGUCCUACACACUGCGCCCGAUCACCUAGCCGCCCUAUGAUUGGUGCUCGUGGGGACAGUCGAGAGAGAAGCCUCGUGAACAGUGACGACCCUGAGCUUCCUUCACUCCCAAACUUGGCUCCAGAGUGCCACCAAGUGAAAGCCACUGCUGCAAGGACCACAAGGGGGUCAGGAGUGAAGACUGCUGCCCCCAAGACACACUGUUGCAGCUUUCACAGAGACCCCAUAGGGAACCUCCCCUCCCCUGGCUGUCCUUGGUGGCUUCUUCUCAUGGGUUUACCCAUUUUUUUUACUGUGACAGUUACUGUGGUACGAAAGCUGGGGAAGCCUGUGGAAAAAAGCCAGCAGGGGCAGUCACACUGGCAACCUCUGGCACAACAGGAACUAGUCAUUACAUCUAAACAUUCCAGAUGUAAGAUAUGUUCUCUGUUGCCUGAGGUUGCCUUGCUAUGUGACAUCUGUGGCUGCCCCAAUUGCUAUGCACCUAUCAGUGUGAACCCCAACAGGAUGUCCCUCAUACCUCUCCUGAACAGGACAACCUGGUGGGCUUCACACUGGUAGGUGCACUUUCCCUUUGGAAGAAGUAAAUCACUUGUUUUUAACCUUCAUCCUGCUAAGGUAGCCUUUAGGCACCAACUCAGAAUUGGUUACCAGGUUAAGUACCAGUCAGAAGGUUAAGAGAUGUAAUCUAUGUUGAUACUUUGAUGUUGAAUGGAA